AUGCUUGCAUCCAGGAAGCGGCCCACGCCGCUGCUGCUGCUCUUCGUUCUCGUCCUUAUCGGAGUAUGGUACCACAGCAGGGACUCUGACCGCGUAUAUCUGAAAUGGAUGUCGUCCAUGGAGUCGCAACCUGCAAAACUACCCUCAAACAGAACAUUAGGCUUCGGCGCCGUCGUUGUCGUCUCCAAGGAAGGCUCCUCGCGCCGCCAGCCGCUCAUCCAGGCUGCCAAUGUAACUGACAUCGAUCUCACCAUCCCGCCACAGCCAGAAUGGACCGAAGGCGACAUUCAGCGCUUCAUCAAUGGACAAGAGAAGGCGCAGAAAGGGUCCAUACUAGCGUGGUUAGGCCACCACAACGCGCUCAAGUGGUUUCUGGAUUCCGGCCUCGAGACCGCUCUCAUUCUCGAGGACGACGUCGACUGGGACAUCCGUUUGCGUAGCGUUCAGGUUCCACUUGCGGCAGCCGCUGCCCGACAGCUCCUUCCUCCGCCACGCUCCCAGCAUGCCCAUGUCAACGCCGACAGCAACCACACACAGUACUGGGGCGACCAAGAUGCCUGGGACUUGCUCUAUCUCGGCCACUGCGGUGACUACUUCGAUGUCGUUACCGCCGACGGACCCAAGACCGACCGCCAAUCCUUUAACCUGACCGCUAUGCCACACAUCAAAUACCAGGACCCUACCCUUCCCGCAUGGUACAACCUACAUCCAUUCACACAGGCAUUGUUCCGUCUGCUGGGCAUGCCUGAGGGAUCGCGUGUCAUACACCGCUCCAAAUUCCCUCUCUGCUCCUUUGGCUACGCCGUCACCCGCCGCACCGCCGAACGUCUUCUCAACGACCUCGCUCCACCGAAGCUGAGGAAGUCGGGACCUCGUGCAUUCGAUGUUGCACUUCUUCACGCAUGCAACAAGGGAGAAGGCACAAAAUCUCCUACGCCAGAGUGGCAGAACAAAACCCCCUCAAAUCGAAGCAAAUAUCCGAGUCCUGGACUCCGCUGUUGGACACUGAACUCCGAGCUUUUCCACCACAUGCCAGGUAACAGCCUGAUUGAUGCGGUCGGCGCGAAAACUGGCGAAGAACAUGGCAUACCACCUGUAGAUCUCGCAGCUCAAGCCCAGGUCGUAUCUCGAAACGAGACCACAAACAUCGACUGCGGAUUCUGGAGCGGCGCCUUUGCAUUCGACGAGAACGAUACCGACCGGCUCCAUUACCUACAAGAAAAAGUUGGAAGGCAAGGCAUAUGUCUCAAAGAACGCAAACAGCAAGAUGACAGCACACACGCGCCUCAAACAGCUGUAGAUUCUAUAUGA